AUUGCCAAGAUGAUCAUGGUAUGGAUUACACUGAGUUUUCUUCAUCGAGGGUAUUCUCUGGUCCCAGUGAAAACUGUUCAGCUUGGUGAAGCAGCAACAUUAACAUGUGCUUUACCCAUUAAAGAAUUCGGCAGUACAACAGUACACUGGUACAAGCAGAGUCCUGGAGAUGGUCUUAAAUUAAUUGUGACAUUGUCAAAAUCAGCACCACCUGAAUAUAGUCCUGAAUUUUCUAGAAAGAGAUUUAAUGUGGAAAAUGCUAAUAAUUUUUGCAACCUGACCGUUCUGAAGACAGUCCAAGAGGAUGAGGGAAUCUAUCACUGUGGAAUAGCUGAGUGGAUGUAUCCCAUUCAGUGGAGUGAGACGUAUUUGUCAGUAAAAGGAAACACACAGAUGAGAUCAAACUAUACUGUUGUUCAGUGGCCUACAGUAUUAGACCCACUCCAACCAGGAGAAUCAAUGACUCUACAAUGUUCAAUCAUCUCUGUCUUUGGCAAAGCAACAUGUCCAGAAGAUCUUAGUGUCUUUUGGUUCAGAGCCGGAUCAAAUAAAUCUCAUCCAAACGUCAUCUAUACUGAUGGAAAUACACAUGAUAAAUGCGAGAAACGAUCUGAGACUCAGAAGAGAUGUGUUUAUCGCUUCUCUAAGAAUGUCAGCUCCUCUGAUGCUGGGACUUACUACUGUGCUGUGGACACAUGUGGGGAGAUAUUAUUUGGAAAUGGAACUAAAGUGAAUAUUCACGGAGACUGUACGUGGUCACAGGGUGCCAGAACAGUUAUUCUUCUGCUGUGUGCUGUCUUGACUAUAUGUCUGAUUGUUAUAGCUGUCCUGAUUUGCAUGUCAAAGAAAAACAGCAGGGAUAAUUGUGAAGGUGCUGUUGCACAGAAAAGAUUCAGCGCUCAGAAAAAUCAACAGAAUAAAGACAUGUGGCUGUUUUCUGCUGCAGUCUUUACCAUGAUGAAAGUUAACAAAGGUGCACUAAAAUAUGCAAAAGCAGUGAAGAUGCAGAAGAUCAACAUGACUUGCAAGGCUUUAGGGCUGGAUCACUGAAUUCGCUAACCUGUUUAGCAUCACUUGGUAUGUGAUCACCUAGCU